GUUUUCCGAACUAGGUUGCAUGUUUCCUUAGGUUUCCUCACGACCACACUUAGCUCAGAUCACCUAGUGCAGCUUGGUGGCCCUUGAGACUAGGGUUUUGAGUGGACCUAGCUGCUACUGCUGUGGGGGAUCCGCCAACUAAGGCCUCUCCUGGGAUGGGGUUUAAAAAAAAUGGAACCUUGUUCCUGUGACACUUUUGUGGCAUUACCUCCAACAACAGUUGAUAAUAGGAUUAUUUUUGGAAAAAAUUCUGAUAGACCUUGUGAUGAAGUACAAGAAGUAGUUUAUUUUCCUGCAGCAGUUCAUGACAACCUGAAAGAACAUCUUAAGUGUACUUACAUAGAAAUUGAUCAAGUUCCUGAAACAUAUGCUGUUGUUCUUAGUCGUCCAGCUUGGUUAUGGGGAGCAGAAAUGGGAGCCAAUGAGCAUGGAGUUUGCAUUGGGAAUGAAGCUGUAUGGGGAAGAGAAGAAGUUUGUGAUGAAGAGGCACUACUGGGCAUGGACCUUGUCAGACUUGGCCUUGAAAGAGCUGAUACAGCUGAAAAAGCCCUCAAUGUCAUUGUUGAUUUAUUAGAAAAAUAUGGCCAGGGUGGAAAUUGUUCAGAGGGUAGGAUGGUAUUUAGCUAUCACAACAGUUUCCUGAUAGCUGAUAGGAAUGAAGCCUGGAUUCUGGAGACUGCAGGGAAGUACUGGGCAGCAGAAAAAGUACAAGAGGGAGUUCGUAAUAUUUCUAAUCAGCUUUCUAUAACAACCAAGAUUGAUCGGGAGCACCCAGACAUGAGAAACUAUGCUAAGCAGAAAGGCUGGUGGGAUGGUAAAAAGGAGUUUGAUUUUGCUGCAACAUACUCUUAUCUCGACACAGCCAAGAUGAUGACUUCAUCAGGCAGAUAUUGUGAAGGCUACAAGCUUCUGAAUAAACAUAAAGGAAACAUAACUUUCAAAACAAUGAUGGAAAUUCUCCGAGAUAAACCAAGUGGCAUUAAUAUGGAGGGAGAAUUCCUGACUACAGCAAGCAUGGUUUCUAUUUUACCUCAGGACUCCAACCUUCCUUGCAUUCAUUUCUUUACAGGGACUCCUCAUCCUGAGAGAUCUGUUUUUAAGCCUUUCGUAUUUGUACCAAAUAUUUCACAACUAUCAGACACCAGUUCACCUACAUUUGAACCUGAGGAUUCAGUUAAAAAGAAGCCACAUUUUAAUAUUAAGCCUGACAGAAGACACCCACUCUACCAAAAACAUCAAGAGGCACUGGAAAUACUCGAUAGUAAGGAGGAAAAAGCCAAAACAAUGUUGGACAGCAUGAGGAAACUGGAGAAAGAACUAUUCAAAGAGAUGGAAUCGAUCCUUCAAAAUAAGCAUCUUGAUGUGGAUAAAAUUGUUAAUCUUUUUCCUCAGUGUACAAAAGAUGAAAUUAGAAUUUAUAAGUCAAAUUUUAGUUCUUAGUGAUCACAUAAAUGGUUGGCAAUCUUCCUCAAAGUUAGAAUCUAUUACCUUGGUAAAUAAUGUAAAUUUAGUUUGAGAAUAUUUGAUUAUUCUUUAAUAGCAUUCAAGUGAUGCUUGGCUAUUAAAACUAUAUACAACCUUGUUGAAAUAUUGAGAAAUAACAUUGAAACUGGACACAUAUAUCAUGGAUUGCCAGAUGAUACUUCAGGUACCAACUUGUAUUAAUUUUUUUAGCCAUAACACCUUUUAAAAAAUCAUAAUAAAUAUCUAGUUCUGCAUAAAGCAUGAAACAUUCAAAUAAUGCAAGUAUUUAUUAUGAUUAUGAAUUGUCCUCAAAUAAUUUUCUUAGUUACAAUGAGAAAACAGAUUUUUCUUUAGUAAUGGAAAAUAUUGUCUUAACCAAUGAAUUUUUUUGUGCUUUAGACAAGUAUUAACCAGUUCUAACAAAACUUUAUAGAUUUACACAUUGUCUUAUUACCAGGUUUUAACUACGCAAAUGUUUUAUUAAACUCAAACAUACUCAUAUGUCAAGGCUUAGCUGACCAUGCUCCUUAAUGGGCUUUUGGUUAAUAUUUUUAGAAGAGCUUUCCUAGGAGACUAGGUAAUGGAAUAAACCUAGGCCUUAGGAGAUACUGUUUUGUUGUCUAAAUCUCUCUCAUCUUUUACCUCUGUUCAUUCAGUGCAAACAGGAAUAGGGAUGAGAUAGUGGUGAUGAAAUAGAAAUAUUAGUGUAUUACGGAGUUCCCACUGUGGUUAGUAUCCAUGAGGACAUGGGUUUGAUCCCUGGCCUCGCUAA